AUGGUGCAUUUAGUGCUUUUGCUGUUAGCAGCGCCUCCGGUCUACCUACUAUACGCUUUCGUCGCAUCAUAUUAUCAAGCCUGGCGAUAUGAGCAGAGAGCGGCAGCUAAGGGUUGCAAGCGGGCUCCUAUGCGACCCUACAAGUACCCUGGUGGUCUCGACAUGAUCGCACGCAUUUUCCAGGCCGAUGCACGCCAUCAAAUACCCAACGAGUUUGAACGUAUAUGCUUCCAGGAGAUGCAAGGGAAGACAACGUUCGAACAAUACUUGUUUGGUGGGCUUGUAUUCUUUACGAUCGACCCAGAGAACAUUCAAGCCAUCUUGGCCAAACAGUUCAACGACUUCGAACUCGGACCAAGUCGACGUGGAAACUUCUGGCCCUUCCUUGGAAAUGGCAUCUUCACUGCUGAUGGUGCUGACUGGUCUCACGCACGGGCGAUGCUACGACCACAAUUUGCGAGAAAUCUGGUGGCGGACCUUGAACUUGAGGAGAAGCACGUCGGGGAUCUGCUCAAACAUAUACCAGUCAAGACAUCGGAUGGCUGGACAGAUAACAUUGACUUGCAACCUCUGUUCUUUCGGCUCACCCUAGACUCUGCCACCGAAUUCCUCUUUUCUGAAUCAGUACAUUCCCAGAUCACUGCUCUUCCUGCCUCGGCCAGAAACAACGAGAAACUAUCUAACCCUACUGGACUGGAUCUCAUUGAAGUUGGCAAAGCCUUUGACAGAGCGACACACAUGCUUGGAAAGAGAGCUCGCUUCGCAGAAAACUAUUGGUUGUACAACCCAAAGCAAUUCAAGACAGACUGCAAGCUCGUCCACAAGUUCGCUGACUUUUUUGUCCAACGAGCCUUGACCUCGGAUCUCGAGAAGGCGGACACAGGCCGCUACGUCUUCUUGCACGAAUUGGUAAAGGUUACUCGCGAUCCGAUUGAGCUUCGAUCUCAACUACUGAACAUCUUUCUGGCUGGGCGGGACACAACUGCUGGACUAUUAGGCUGGGUAUUUUGGGUUCUUGCUCGCCAUCCAGACAUCUUCCAGAAAUUGCGAGAAACGGUCCUGAACGAGUUUGGCACAUACGAGAAGCCCAGGAACAUCACCUUCGAAAGUCUCAAAGCCUGUACUUACCUGCAGCACGUCAUGAACGAGACUCUCCGUCUCUAUCCCUCCGUGCCUCUAAACUCUCGUCGUGCGGUGCGAGAUACAACCAUUCCAGUCGGUGGUGGACCAGAUGGAAAAUCACCUAUAUUCGUGCCCAAGGGCACUCAAGUCGACUACGCCGUCCACGUCAUGCAUCGUCGCAAGGAUAUCUAUGGUGAGGAUGUGAAUGAAUUCAAGCCGAGCCGCUGGGUCGGUAAAAGGGUUGGGUGGGAGUAUUUGCCCUUCAAUGGCGGCCCUCGAAUUUGUUUAGGUCAACAGUUUGCGUUGACGGAGGCUGGCUAUGUGAUUGUGCGAUUGAUGCAGAAGUACGAUCGAAUCGAGAACUUGAGCAGCGUGACGGAGGAAGAUCCUUUGUAUCAGUACAGCGUCACGACGGCACCUUGGGAGGUCAAUGUGAGAUUGCGUGAGGCGAGGAAUUGA